UAUAAUCUACAGCAGCACCAUCAGAUGUCGCAAGGUAUCAUGUAUGGCAACCUACGUUCUUCACCUUCUCCGCACCCUCAAUCGUACCCUAACGCUAUCGAUUACCAUGCUCAAAUGGCCAUGAUGGUCCCGCCUACGCCUCUCUACGGACAAGGUAACGUCAAUCCGGCAUCGCUGCAUUCCUAUCAACACGCUGCACGACCCGGUCGUCGCGGUGCGUCUGGGGUCGAUCAUCGCGUUGCUAUCCGCAGCCCUCUACUGGAUGACUUCCGUGCGAACAAGACACGCAAAUGGGAGCUGAAAGAUAUUUACGGAUAUGUCGUGGAAUUCAGCGGUGAUCAGCAUGGAUCACGCUUCAUUCAACAGAAGAUAGAGACGGCUUCAACGGAAGAAAAGCAGGUUAUCUUCGAUGAGAUUGUUCCUCACAACGCACUGCAGCUCAUACAGGACGUAUUUGGCAACUAUGUUAUCCAAAAGCUGUUCGAGCACGGAACGCAAGUGCAGAAAACAAUACUGGCGAACACUAUGGAAGGCCAUAUCUUGCCCUUGUCCCUUCAAAUGUAUGGUUGUCGUGUGGUGCAAAAGGCAAUCGAAUACGUUCUACCUGAUCAGCAGAGUGUAUUUGUGCAGGAACUUGAGGCAGACGUGCUGAGAUGCGUGAAAGACGCGAACGGAAACCAUGUCAUCCAGAAGCUCAUCGAACAAGUAUCUCCUGAACGGCUGUCGUUCAUCAAAGCUUUCAAAGGCAACGUGUACGAGCUUGCUACACACCCCUAUGGCUGUCGCGUUCUUCAAAGGUGUUUUGAACAUCUUCCAGAAGAGUACAUUCGACCAUUACUGGACGAGUUGCACAAGCACGUCAACCAUCUGAUGCAGGAUCAGUUCGGUAACUACGUGGUGCAGUUUGUCCUGGAACACGGGAACCCGCAUGACAGGGCAGUUGUCGUCUCUAAACUGCGUGGACAGAUGCUGCACAUGGCGCGCCACAAGUUCGCUUCGAACGUGUGCGAGAAGGCCUUGGUGACUGCCGACUCGGAGAGCCGCCGUCUCCUCAUCGAGGAGAUGAUGACCCCCAAGCAGGACGGCCUGAGCCCUGUUCUCACCAUGAUGAAGGACCAGUACGCUAAUUAUGUCUUGCAGCGAGCAUUAUCGGUAGUGGAAGGAGAACAAAAGGCAACUUUGAUCAGUAAGGUGAAGCCUCAGUUGAUCAACAUGCGGAGGUAUUCUAGCGCCUACAGCAAACAUCUUAUGGCUAGUCAGUACCUUCUGUUUUAUUUUCUCACCAUGGACGGAUAUUCUGAUGACUCCUAA